AUGCCAGCUGACGACCGCCGACGGGACGAGCGCUCCACCCAUCGUGCUGAUCGCAAUCGCGAAGGGUCGUCGAAGCGUUCCAACCGCCAUCACCGCGAUCCCUCGCCUUCCAGCUCGGCCAACAAGCAGCGGCGCGAUCGCUCCGCCUCACCUUCCUCCUCACGCCGCCCUCUGCUCUCACCCACUUCCGCCCCGACCUUGCCGCACGGAGCAACUCCCCUCACCGCGGACGACUACUACGCUCGCUCGUACGAGUUUAAAUCCUACCUCUCGGCGCGCAGUCUCUUUCUCGACGAGCUAUCGUCCUCAUCCGCGCGAAAGCACUUUGAUCGCUUCGUGUCCAAGUGGAACUCCGGUCGGUUGGACGAUGUCUAUUACGCGGGAACGCUCCGGAGUGGAGGAAGUGGAAGUAGUCAAACAAGGCAUCAGUGGGGAUUGAAGGGGUUGAGCAAGGGUGAGAGGGAGGUGAUGGAGAGUGUACGGGACACUGUGGACACCUUGACCAAUGGGCAGAGUCGGGGGGCUCGGGAGGCGAGGGAUGCCGAACGACAUGCGCGUCGGGAUCACGUUCCGAGGGAGGGGGAGGAGCGCGGCGAGAGGAAUGACAGGGGGCAGCAGGGAGACCGGGAUUCAGGCUGGUCUCAACGUCACUCGGACCGGCAGGUGGAUCGUGAACACACACGCGAAAUGACGCGGAUCAGCGAAGCCGAUGCCCGCCGUCGCGCUCGCACGGAUGCAACCGACGAAGCGGAGACGCUCCACGGUCGGGCAACGGGUCGAGACCGAAUGCACGAGAAACGACUCGAAAAGCGGGAAUCCAACCGCGCCUUCGCGAGGCGCAACGACGACGGGCUCGAAUUGGACGAUCGCGAGCUGUACGACGAGCCUAGUCGCGCGGGCGAAGGGGGCGAACGGAGGUUGGGCAAGAGGGAGCUGGCGAGGCAGGAGAGGGUCGAGGAGAGAAAAGCGGAGUUGCAGGAGAGGGUGGGAGAGAUGAAGAGGAAGGAGGGGGCGACGAUGGAUAUGUUUCGUGCCAUGGCGGCCGAGCGAUUUGGUGGGAGUGGGUAG